AUGAGAUCAUCCGUGAAUUUUCUUGGAACAUCAACUUCGGACGUUGAUAUAUGCGUUACGACACCAAGUAAAGAAUUAGAAAACAUACUUACAUUGUCUGAGAAGUUGCAAAAACAUUCAAGAGUUCAUCCGCUAUUAAUGAUAAUAAAACAUUGGGCACAGAGACGAGACUUAAACGAUGCUGCUAGCGGAACCCUAUCAUCAUAUACUUGGACAUGUAUGACUUUGAAUUUCCUUCAAAUGCGUUAUCCUCCAAUUUUACCAGUAUUAAAAAUUAAUGAAAAAGAAAAUGAAAAUGAAUUAUUGGAAGUUGAAUACAAAAAUAAUGAAUCAAUUGGUGGAUUGUUAUUUGCUUUUUUUAAAUGGUUUACUUAUGACUUUGAUUAUGAAAAUUACGUUAUUUCUCUUCGGCCAGGAAAGUGCCUGAAUAAAUGGGAAAAAAAUUGGAUGCAUUGGAAAUUAUGUAUAGAAGAGCCUUUCAAUCCCGAAAGGAAUCUUGGAAAUGGAGUAAAUAAUGACGGAUUUAAUAAAAUAAUCCAAGAAUUUCGUAGGGCAGUAGAAUAUCUUUAUAAUGCGAACCUUGAGCUUUGUUGCGAGAUUUAUGAUGAGUAUGAAUAUGAUGAGUUUGAAUAUGUUGAUGGAAUUCCCUUUAUUACUUUAAAAGCUUUACGUAAAGCUAAUUUAGAUAGCAAAAAGAAUGAGAUUGAAUAA